AGCGUAACGCCCAUAUCGAACUUUUUUUUCUUCCUCUUCCUUCUGUGGACCACAGCCACCAACAGAAGCGUGUCCGGAGGAGUAACUGUAGCAGUAGUCCGGCGCAGCACGUCGCCCAGACGUUCUCGCGUAUAUCGUUCUUUAUUACUUUUAUUACUAUUUCUAAGCGCGGAGGUUGUACCUCAUCGUUCAAUCCAUAGGGAAAAGGGCAAAAAGGGCGGACGUAGAAGGUAGGUAUCGAAUUACUUUAGCUAGCACCAGCUUAGAUUAACACCGGCGUCAUCAACGAACCAGCCGCGGCGGAUCGUUCGGCCUAUCGACCGGAUUCGUAGUCGGCAUCAACGCGACCGUGAGCCUCGAACGGAAUUUUUUUCGCUUCCUCUGUCUUGGUCUUCUUACCGCGUCUUUGCGCCAUCGAAGUCGCACAUAGACACACAAGUUUUGAAAGUUCUUUUUUUUGUAAGAAAGGAGGAAAAGAAUAGAUUUAGUGUAGAAGAAAGGAACAACAACAAAAAAAAACAUGUCAAAGGUAGCCUCUGCGGGAUGGCGCUACGCGCGCAGUGGCCCCAUCGGCCAGGUUCUCGCCUUAGAAAAGUUCGACCUGACCCCGGCGAAGGACGAGGCCGUCGUGCAGGUGCUGACGGCGCCGCUGCACCGCGUCGACGCGGCCGUGGUGAACGGCACCGCCCUCGGCCGCAAGCGUGUGAACAUGGCUGCCUUCCCGCGCAUCGGCGGAUGCGAGGGCGUGGGGAGGGUCCUCCACGUCCCCGCCGCUGCUUCCGGGGGGGCGGCCUCCCUGGUGAAGGAGGGCGACACGGUCUGGAUCGCGCCGGUGCACGGCACCUGGGCGACGAACAUCACCGUGCCUGUGACACAGCUGCACAAGAUUGACACCUCGAAGCAGCAGUUGGCGACGACGGCGACAAACUUCCUCAUUGCCCAGCAGCUCCUCGAGGGCUUCGCGCGUCUGCACAAGGGAGACGUGGUGAUACAGAACGGCGGCAGCAGCCUGACCUCGUUAGCCGUCUCCGCCCUGGCGAAAGAAUACGGGGUGAGGGUGCUGACCGCCGCCACGCCAGGCGAGCGUUUCGCGGAGGCCAAGGCGCGGCACGCGAAGUACGGCACGGAAGUCUUCGAGUACAACGGCGCGGGGGCGCGGGCGAUGCGGUCGGCCGUCGGCAAGCACGGCGCGGCGCUCUACCUGAACGGUGUGGGGGGACGCUACUUUGACUCGCUGCUCAAGUGUGUCGGGCCGAUGAGCCACGUGGUGACCUACGGCGCGCAGAACGGCUUCGGUCUUUUCAUUUCAGGCUCGAAUCUGAUCUACAAUGAGGUGACGAUGGCCGGUCUGUUCGCCCCGACCUACCUUGACAGUUUGUCCUACGGGGAGCGCCAGACGAAGUUAGACUUUGUGUUGAAGGCGAUCGCGCAGGCGGGGCUGACGUACCCGAUGGUGACGGCGCCGUCGCUGGAGAAGCUGCCGGACGUGUGGGACGACGUCUAUGUGCGCGGGGGCCGCAAGGGCAUCGUGGCCGUCUCGAAGUAA